GACGACCUUUCCCCUAAAAUCAAUAGCAACUUGCAAACACAUGCAACAUCUAGUUACUAAACUUCACUCUUCUGUCUAUGGUGGUACUUGUCUGUUGCAUAGAGUUAUAAUGGCCACUAGUCAUGUCAAUGUUAGCCUCCUGGAGAGCCAUCUGAGCACGAAUGCAGUCAUCCCAGAUGAUUGUCCAUACGAGACUAUUGGAGGCUCAGGGGCUACCAUUGUGAGACGGCCAAGUUUGAGUUUGAGUUUGAAUAUGCUCUCCUGUGUGCCUGAGAGGGGACUAUUGCAGGUCAAUAGGAGCUACAAUUCCUCUCCUGUUGAGAGUGAGCUGUCCUCUGGCAGGAAGAGUGUGAGCGAGAGCAUAGUAAGGUGGCAGGAAGACGAAGUGAUCUCGUGGCUGGACGAAACUGGAUUUGGAGAAUAUGCCGAUAUAUUCAGAAAUCACUCUAUACGGACUGGUAGACUACUGCUAACUCUUGAGGAGUCACACUUGCUGGAGAUGGGGAUAAAUUCAGUCGGUCACAGACUGGAGAUCAUGGAUGCCCUGAACCACCUUCGUCAGGAUGCUGGGCUUGUUGACAGGAGCAAGCUGGUAGGCAUUAAGACACUAAUGAAACAGCUUGAUAUUGCUCGAGAUGAGGAGAUGCAACACCGCUACCCUAAAAGGAUAAUACUGGUCAGGCACGGAGAGUCGCAAGGCAAUGUGGAUCACACUAUCUAUCAGAGUACACCCGACCGCUAUCUUGAGUUGACAGAAAAAGGGAGAACACAAGCCUAUGCUGCUGGUAUAGAGCUCAAGGAACUGUUACACGAAGAGUCUGUCACUUUCUAUGUGUCUCCUUUCACACGCUCCAAGCAUACUUUUGAGCAAAUUAGAAAAUGUUUCCACGAUGAGCAGGUGCUACAAGUGAGAACUGAUCCUCGCAUACGAGAGCAGGAGUGGGGAAACUUCCAGGACCCGGCCAAGAUGCCCGAAAUCAUUGCUGAGAGAAGGACCAUCGGUUCAUUCUACUACCGAUUCCCUACUGGAGAAAGUGGUGCUGAUGUGUACGAUCGUGUGUCCACCUUCUUGGAGACACUCUAUCGGGACAUGGAGAAGGGUGGCUGUGGCCAGAACGCUGUCAUUGUCUCACACGGCCUCUUUUGUCGACUCUUUCUGACCCGCUACUACCACUGGUCGAUUGACAAGUUCCACAAGCUUUGGAAUUUCAAGAAUGGUCAGUAUGCCAUUAUGGAGCUGCUGCCAAGUGGCAGCUACAGACUUGUAUCCGAACUAAAAUCGAACCCUUAGCGACCAUGCAAUCUUUGUACAAUAUAGGUUGGCAAGUAUUUAGUGUUUUUUUUUAUAGACUUGAUGUUUGGUGUUACCAAUCUGAUACACAAUGAUAUUAAACAGUUAUAUAUAACA